GACGGGCGAUGGCGUCCGGGUUCGAGAGCGAGCGGGGCCUGGCGGCGCGCAGGGAGCAGCGGCAGCGGCAGCGGGAGGCGCUGCUGGCGCAGGCCAAAAUUAGUUAUGAAAAGGAGCAGAGACAGAAGCUGCUGAAGCAUCUACGAGGUGAAGAUACGUGGAUGCUUGAUGAUGUGAAUGAACGUGUGGAACAACUGGAAAAGGAGCAUUCUGUUCAGAAAAAAAAGAAAAAGGACAAGCAUUCAAAAAAAGCUAAGAAAGAAAAGAAGAAAAAUAAAAAACAAAAAUCUGAGAAGAAAGAUGACUUACUUGAUAGUUCUUCGGAUUCUUCAGUUGAAUGGGUUGAGGCAAAUGUGUCACAGUCAGAUAACACAGAUAAGGCUUGGAAGGUCAACAAGCAAUCAGAUGCUGUGAAAGAGCCCUCCCUGCAGAGAGAAGAAUGGAUGAAUUUAGACUUCAUGUCAUUGAAAACCACAUCAGCAGCUGCUGUCAGAGGUGAAAGAGACAAAGAAAAAGUAUUGGAACGACAGAAAGCUCAAGAACUUGAGCAGGCCAUGCUGUCUGAGAGAGAACUCAAUCCCUUUUGGAAAGAUGGUGGUACAGGUUUGCCACCAGAGAAGGAUGAAGCAACUUCAGUUAAGAAAGUUACUGUGGUAGAAGAUGCUGGAUUAAGUUGGUUACGAAAAUCAUACCAAAGGAUGAAGGAGCAGGCUGAGAGAGAAAAACGAAACAUUGAGGAAAUUGUAGCUGAGAGAUAUGGGUCAAUGGAAGCGUUUCAGUCACGAUUAGAAGAAGCUGAAAAAUCUGCACCCAGAAAAGAAAAUUAUUAUAGAAGUGAAAGAUGGAAGAAAACUGACUAUUCAGAAAGUGAGAAAGAGAAGAAAGGACGGUAUAUAAAAAAGGAGACACGAGAUGAAGGUGAUGGGAACAGGAACAAGUUUGGGAAUUAUACUAGGGAGAACUAUGGCAAGGAAUGGACACAAGAAGACAAAGGUUACAAAAAAGGUAUGUCAAGAGAAGACCGAGAAUGGGGACACAAUAGCACGGACUCUGUAUCCAGAGGCUUCAGCUCCAAAGCAGAAAAGCACUCUGAUGAAAAACGAAGUCAGGAAAGGAGCUCAUUGCUAAGCAACAUGAAACACAAAUUUCUGAAGCCCUCUGAAGAUGACUUACCAUCUUGCAGUGCACCUAAAGACUACAAGUCACAGCAGUCCUCUUCCAAACUGCCGGAUCCUAGCUCUUUGAGCAGCCGUUUCCGAAAACCUAGUGAGGAUACUGCACUAUGGAAUGAAACACACAGAGAAGAUAAAAGUGAGAAAUUAAUGUCUGAUAAAAAAUCAUCAGGUACUAGGGAACAAAUUGAUGGCAAUAGCUGGGAAAAAACUCCAGGAGAUGAAAAAGAGAAGUUGCAACAUGAGUACCCAAGCAGUAUCCCUGAGAAGAAACAAAUCUUAUCUGACAGUAAAACAUCAUGUUCUAGACAUGAAUCAAAGGAUGAGCUGCCUCGGGUCCUUAGUGAAGAGGAGAUGAACAGACUGGGAGCAAGGAUUGUGAAAGCAGAACUCAUGGGAGACAUGGAGUUAGCUUCAAAACUUCAAGCAGAACUGGAGAGUGCACGCAAAUUGAGGGAGUCUCAAGGGCAGAUUCCAGCUAAGUCUGACAGAGAGGCUUCAAGCCAUCAAGAAGAUGAACAAGUGGUCCUUGUCAGAACAGAUGGAAGUGGCAGAGCAUGGCCUGUGACUGCACCAACAGAACCACUGGAGCCAAAAGGAGGACGGAGAAAGCGGCAGAUGGUCACUACUCAUGUAGAUAAAGAAAGAGUCAGGUAUUUUCAGGAUGAUGAUAGUAUGAAUCUGAAUGAUUUGGUCAGAAAUGAGAAGAUGAGAACAGCAGAGGAUCAAAACUCAUUGUUUAUGCGUAUGGCAUCAAAGCUCAUGGAAAAAACUGACAGAGAGUACUACACUCUGGAUGACAUGUUUGUUUCCAAAGCAGCCAAAAAAGCACGCAGUGGGGAAGAGGAAGAAAUACAAAGAAGAAAAGCAAUACGUGAGCACCAGCAACUUGCUGCACGCAUGGAAAAGUGCCCAUACUGUUUUGACAGCAGUGAACUUUCUAAACAUCUUAUUAUUGCAAUUGGCACCAAGGUUUACUUGUCUCUGCCAAGCAACCAGUCCCUUACUGAAGGUCACUGCCUGAUUGCCCCUCUACAGCACCAUACUGCAGCCACGCUUCUGGAUGAAGACAUCUGGGAAGAAAUCCAGAUGUUCAGAAAAACUCUGGUAAAAAUGUUUGAAGAUAAAGACUUGGACUGUGUGUUCCUAGAAACAAACAUGAGUAUGAAGAAACGGUAUCACAUGAUAUAUGAAUGCAUUCCUCUUCCAAAAGAAGUAGGAGACAUGGCUCCAAUCUACUUUAAGAAAGCUAUAAUGGAGUCUGAUGAAGAGUGGUCUGUGAACAAGAAGUUAAUUGAUCUUUCUUCAAAAGAUAUUCGGAAAUCUGUUCCUAAAGGAUUGCCAUACUUUUCUGUGGACUUUGGCCUGCAAGGAGGAUUUGCUCAUGUCAUUGAAGACCAACACAAGUUCCCACAUUACUUUGGAAAGGAAAUCAUUGGUGGCAUGCUGGACUUGGAACCACGGCUCUGGAGAAAAGGAGUCAGGCAGAAUUUUGAGGAUCAGAGGAAGAAGGUGUUGCAGUUUGCACAGUGGUGGAAACCAUACGACUUUACCAAAAAGAAGGAAUGAGUAGACCCCUGCAGUCUCAGACUAUAUAAGCCAUACAUUUUAUUAAAGAAUAUUUCAUAUGUUGAGAAUAACACAAGUGUGUUAUGUAUCACUAAUAUAUUUUGAAACCAAGGAUAUUGUUUACUUGCUGAUGACUCGUUCCUGGUGUAGCCGCUGUGUGGAUCACGUGAACCUGCAAGUGUGACAAACCACAAGUGUCCAGUGUUCUUAGUUUUUUAUUUUUUACCCCAGCCAAAAGAAUAAUAUUCAUGUGGCUAUUUGAAUUCUUCAAAAUAUAGCUUCUGCUUUUGAUGUUUUUAUAAUCCUUGACCCAACUAAUGUUUUUAAUAUUGGAUGUAGCAUAGAGCCAGCGCUUAUUACCACUGUGACUUUUGUAGAAAAUGGUGUAAAUUUUAAGAACAUUUUGGUUAAUACAAAUACUUUUUUGCAGAAGGAAGCUGUACAGAAAAUUAUUUUCUGACUUUGAGUCCUUUUGUUCUUUAAGUUGAGCUCAUUGCAGUAAUGCAAAUGUUCAGUAUGAUGUGAUUGAUGAACGUACUGCUGCCCUCCUGCACAAGAAUUAAUGCAAUUUUCUGUAUUUCCUUGCUAUAUGAAGUAGUAUUUUCAAGCUGCUCUGUUGCACAAGGGAGGUUAAGACAGUCCAUAGCUGCUGGCAAAUGGCAGCUUUUAUGGUAACAGUUGCUUAAGAUGACAAAAAAAAUAAUUAAAAAAAUAAUCACAGAAUUACCUUGGUUGGAAAAGACUUUCAAGAUCAUCAAGUCCAUGACCUUGAAGAUUGUCAAGGGGUCGUGAAGAACGUUAAGGAAAAACACUCUCCAAUGUCCAGAAAAGAAGAAAAUAAUCUCGGGGAUCUCCCCAGGUGACUGUUCUCCCCUGGGUACCCUCUCCAGUGCAGCAGGCAGUCUGCCAUAAUACUUUUCUGGUAAUAACAGCACAGUUUUCAUCAGGAAACUCCCUGCUGGUAGUUCCUGUUAGCACUGAUUGGAGCAGACUCUGAUCAGAGGCGAGAGUCGCACACUAAUUGAUCGUUAAGCUUUGUGCAUGGAUGGCACUGGGAAAUGCUUCUCUGCUAUUUAAAGCAGGUGUUUUUUCUCUUGUAUAAAAGUUGCAAAAUGGGCGUAAGAAAGGGUGAAGUGGGGAAAAAGGAGAUUCUCAUAUCAAUGUCAGCCACUUCCUGUGGAAACCUGACAUAGCAGGCUUGGGCUUUGCAGGUGCAGAGCUGGGAGAACAGCAUAAGGACAGAAGGACAAGGAUGAAAACACUGCCACAGCUUUCUCCUAGUGGAUAAGGGAAAGGGUCCAAACUUGCAAACAAAAGACUGCAGUGCUAACAGGGAAGGGCUCUCAGUGGCAAGGGAAAGGCCCUUAGCAUAGCAGAGGGUAGGGCACUGUCCAGCUGUCCCAACGUCCUUCCCACUCUUUUCCUGCUGAACCAUUGUUCUGUAAAGCUCUGUUGCCUAUUGUGAACUGCUCAUAUUAAGAAAUGGAUCACUAAAUAUUACAGGGUUGAAUAAAUGCUCAUUUCCAGUC